CCUGCAGACGCACAGCUGUGAUGCGCGCUUGAUUUUUUUUUUCAUUUCGCCUUCUUUAAUAUUUAGGGAAGUUGGGUCCGUUUCCUGCCGGAUCACAGAAAUCUCCCACCUUUUUCGUUCUUUCCUUCCUUCUUUCUUUUUUUAUCUUCUCCACUUGUUGCUGAGUUGUGUUCCGCGCUGGAGAUGCGGUGGAUGCUGCUUCCACGGUGGGUCUGGCUCCUGGCGUGUUUGUCAGUGUUGAUGCAGCUUCAGGUCGGAGUUCUGCCCCGUAUCAUCUACUCACACGCGGGUAUCUGCCCCAAUGACAUGAACCCCAACCUGUGGGUGGAUGCCAUGAGCACCUGUGCACGAGAGUGUGAAUCUGAUCAGGAGUGCGAGUCCUUUGAGAAGUGCUGUCAAAACGUGUGUGGUAAUCGGAGUUGUGUGGCAGCCCGUUACAUGGAUGGGAAGAAAGGCCCUGCAGGAAUACCUAAAGAAGCCACCUGUGCCAGUUUUAUGUGCACGCAGCAGGGCUCUGAGUGUGACAUCUGGGACGGCCAGCCAGUGUGUAAAUGCCAAGACCGCUGCGAGAAAGAGCCCCACUUCACCUGCGCCUCCGACGGCAUGACCUACUACAACAAGUGUUACAUGGAUGCAGAAGCGUGCUCCAAGGGCAUCGUCCUCUCUGUUGUUACCUGCCGCUUCCACCUCACCUGGCCCAACACCAGCCCCUCAUUGCCACAGGCAACCACUUUUCACCCUACCACUCCUCCCUUUCACACAACUAUCCCACUUCCCACCGAGCCUCAGCCGCCUGUCAUGGUCGGCAGCCCCACUCACCAGACUGUAAAUGAGGGGGACACGGCCAGCUUCUUGUGUGAUGUGGCAGGUCGCCCUCGGCCUGAGAUCACCUGGGAGAAGCGGCUGCCAGAGAGUGUAAUUAGAGUGGUCAUGAAGCCCAAUCAUGUGCGAGGGAAUAUGGUGGUCACUAACAUUGGUCAGCUGGUCAUCUACAACGCCCGGCCACAUGACUCAGGAGUCUACACCUGUACAGCCCAGAAUCCCUCUGGCUCAGUGCAGGCCAACCACCUGCUCGCUGUGCUGCCCACAGAGCCGCUCAAGAACAUGACCCACUGCCUGCCUGAGGAAUGUGCAAAACCACCUGAUAGCCCAGAGGAUUGUGGGAGUGAGCUGGAGAAAGUCAGCUGGUACUACGAGCCAAAGACCAACAACUGCUUCUCCUUCACCCACUGCAACAGCAACAGCCAGCAGCCAAGGAAGGUCUUUGAGACAUACAAAGAGUGCAUGCAGUGCUGUGGUCCGCACUUGUCGGGCCCCUGUGGCCUUCCCAGCCUACAGGGGCCCUGUAAAUCCUACGAGCCACGCUGGGCGUACAGCAGCACCCUGCGGCAGUGUCAGUCCUUCAUCUAUGGAGGAUGUGGGGGUAAUGACAACAACUUUGAAUCUAAAGAAGCCUGUGAGGACAUGUGUCCCUACCCGAAAAACCACCACUGCAAGGCCUGCAAGCCAAAAGGCAAGAUGGUGACGAGCUUCUGCUGGAGCGACUUCGUCAUCCUGGGUCGCAUGACGGAGCUUACAGAGGAACAGGCCUCGGGUCAUGCCCUUGUGACAGUGGAGGAAAUCCUGAAGGAUGAGAAGAUGGGUCUCAGCUUCUUUGGCAAGGAACCUCUGGAAGUCACCUUCCUCAACAUGGACUGGAACUGCCCAUGUCCAAACAUCACAGGCGCCGCCGCAGAGGGACAGGUCAUCAUCAUGGGCAACGUUAGCGACGGCAUGGCUGUCCUUCAGCCGGAGAGCUACGUGGGUGUUUCCAGCCCUCGUCGUAUACGGAAGCUGAAGGAGGUCAUCUCCAAGAACACUUGUGACAUCCUCAAAGUGAUCACUAAGAGCCCCCAGUAG